GCAGCCGCGGGCUCCAGGUGCAGACGAGAGGCGGACAGAGCCAUGUUGGGCAGCGGGGCCAAGGCGACCAAGCCCUCCUUCGUGUCCUACAUCACCCCAGAGGAAAUACACAUAAAGAAACCCACAGAAAAGGAAGUAAAUCCUCACUUAUUGCCAGGUGAACUGCUGCUUUGUGAGGCAAGCACGGUAUACAAAUACGUACAAGAAGAUGGGUCAGAUCGUGGUACCUAUGGGAAACUUGUAUGCACAAACUUCAAGAUCGCUUUCCUUGAUGAUGAUUCUGCUCCAGAUGAAAAUGAGCCACAGUUUAAGAAUAAGAUUGUAGGAGAAAAUGACAUAACUCUGCAAUGUGUAGAUCAAAUCUAUGGAGUUUAUGAUGAGAAAAAGAAGCUUCUAACUGGACAACUGAGAAAAUACCCAGAAAAGCUAAUUAUCUACUGUAAAGACCUUAGAGUAUUUCAUUUCUGCUUGAGAUACACAAAAGAAGAGGAAGUGAAAAGAAUCGUCAGUGGUAUAGUUCAUCAUAGCCAGACUCCUAAGCUGCUUAAACGCUUGUUUCUGUUCUCUUAUGCAUCAGCUUCCCCAAACAACACAGAUGGAAGAAACCAAACUGUGAUGUUUGAUACUCUUGAAGACUGGCGUUAUGAGUUGGAGAGGACCAAAGGGAAUGUGAAAUACAAAGCAGUGACUACCAAUGAAGGCUACAGAGUGUCUGAAAAGCUGCCUCUAUAUUUUGUUGUUCCCAUGUGCGUUUCUGAAGAGAGCAUCUUGAAGUAUGAAGGUAGAGGCAUUCCUAUCUGGUGUUGGUCUUGCCAUAAUGGUGCUGCUCUUCUCAAAAUGUCUGCAUUUCCCAAAGAACAGGAUGACAGCACUUCACAAAUGCAAAAAGCCUUCUUGGAUGGAAUCUAUAAGACAAUUAGCAAACCUCCUUAUGAACUCCUGAAGACAGAGGACUUGUCAAGCAGCCUUCCAUCUUUGCAAGAUAUCCAAACUGCAUAUACAAGAUUUAAACAGCUGUUUUUGACAGAUAACAGUACAGACUUCUGGGCGACUGAUGUGAAAUGGUUUUCAUUACUGGAGAGUACUAACUGGCUAGAGAUAAUCAGGCGAGUCUUGAAGAAAGCAGUAGAAGUUGCUGAGUGUCUGGAAAGACAGCAUACAAAUGUUCUCCUUAUAGAAGAGAGUGCUACUGAUCUGUGCUGUGUAAUCUCUAGCCUGGUCCAAGUGAUGAUGGAUUCAUACAGCAGAACAAAGUCCGGGUUUCAGAGCCUUAUUCAGAAGGAAUGGGUAAUUGGAGGACAUGGUUUUUUGGAUCGUUGUAACCACUUACAUAAAAGUGACAAAGAAGAGGCUCCUGUUUUUCUGCUCCUGCUGAAUUGUGUUUGGCAGUUGGUACAACAGUAUCCUCCAGCAUUUGAAUUCACAGAAACUUACUUAACUGUCUUGUCAGACAGCCUCUAUGUGCCUAUUUUUAGCACUUUCUUCUUCAAUUCACAACAUCAAAAAGACAUUAAUACGAGUGGUGAAAGCCUCAAGAUACAAAGCGGUCCUUUCAGAUUUCUUACUGUGUGGGACUGGUCUGUGCAGUUUGACCCCAAGGCCCAGGCUUUUCUGAACAACCCUCUUUAUGCAGAGAAGCCAAAACCAGAUAAAAGUCAACGGAAAACUGCACGAUUCAAACAUCAACGGCAGCUUUCUUUGCCAUUGACACAAACAAAGUCUUCCACAAAGAGAGGAUUUUUCAGGGAGGAAACAGAUUAUUUAAUCAAAAACAUUCUUGGUAAAAGAAUUGGCAAGUUCAUAAAUUCUUCGGAUGAACCUCCUAAUAGCUUCAGGGAGUUUUAUGAUAGCUGGCAUAGCAAACCUGUUGACUACCACGGCCUUCUGUUACCUCGCAUUGAUGGCCCUGAAAUCAAAGUCUGGGCACAACGGUAUUUACGAUGGAUUCCUGAAGCCCAGCUUCCUGGUGGUGGUACAAUAGCUACAACUGCCAAGAUUUUGGAGUUGAUGGAGGAAGUGCAAAGCCUGCAGGUAAAAAUGGAUGAAGAACAUAGUCAAGGUACUUUUGGAGACGUACAUUCUGUUCCUAUGCUGAGAAAUUCUGCCCGUUUGUCCUCCUUGUUUCCAUUUGCUUUACUUCAGAGACAAUCUGUCAAACCAGCUUUACCAACUAGUACCUGGAAAGACCUGGAAGAUGAAGAUGACUUGGUCAAGAGGGAUGAUGAAUUUGUUGAUCUAGGUGGUGAAAUGUUAUAAAGUGUAUAGAAGUUUCAAGUAUGAAUUGUACGUGGUUAAGCUCUGAGUUUUAAAUUUUAUGCUAUAUCACCAUAUAAGGAACUCACUGAAGCAUCUGCAGCCUGUUUAAUAGGUUUGUGGGCCAAAAAAAGCUGGUUGGAAAGAACUAAUUGCCAUGAAAUUACUAAGCAUAUUUUGAACUUCAAUUUCACUCUAACAGUAUUGUAGAAAAACAUUUUUAGCAUAGGUGUAAUAAAAGCAGUAGUCUAGGCCGGAGCAGCCAUAUGGCCAUAUUGUUUCAAACCAGAAAAUAAAACCAGCCACGGAUAACAACCCACAACAAACCCCCAUUAUGUUCUUAUGUAAAGGUGGAGUACUAAAACACGGCAGCAGUCACUCUCAACACAAAACCUCUUUCCCUUGUGCUAAAAGUACUAGGGCUGGCAGCGCUGUGGCUAGGGACAUAAUACAUGCGCUGCCUCCUCAUGUAAAACAAACAGGGAAAGAUGCAACUACAUGUGCAUUCACAAAUAAGCUUUUUACAUCCGAGGAAUAAACUUGGGGAUACCAGAGGUUUUCUGUCUACUGUGGCAUCAACUGAAGUAUGCUUGUCAAACUCCUUUCUUCUAACAGUGUUCAUCUUUGGCUUGUAGCACUUCACCCUGUGAGAUAUUAUCAUAGUUUGGCUGCUCUAAGUCUGUGCAUGCACUUAGCUUACUGAUCAGAUGCAAGCGCUUAACUACACAUUUCAGGUCUUACUGUGUGGCUGCUGUGCUUUAUGCCUUUGCUGCCUUGGAAUAGUAAAUCCCAAAUGUUUGCUUUUCAUUGUAAGAGCUGGCUUGACUGUGGUAUUCUAAUUUGCCAUGAGUGUG